CUACUCUCCAGAGAGACCGAAUCUUCAAACAUUUUACCAGGAAGCGCCAAAGGGCGAUGCGGAGACGCGUCCACCAGAUCAACGGACACAAGUUCAUGGCCACGUACCUGAGGCAGCCCACCUACUGCUCCCACUGCAGAGAGUUCAUCUGGGGAGUAUUUGGGAAACAGGGUUAUCAAUGCCAAGUGUGCACCUGUGUCGUCCAUAAACGCUGCCAUCAUCUCAUUAUUACAGCCUGCACUUGCCAAAACAACAACAACAAAGUGGAUUCGAAGAUUGCUGAACAGAGGUUCGGAAUCAACAUCCCACACAAAUUCAACAUCCACAACUACAAAGUGCCAACGUUCUGCGACCACUGUGGCUCCCUGCUCUGGGGGAUAAUGCGGCAAGGACUGCAGUGUAAAAUCUGUAAAAUGAAUGUGCACAUCCGAUGUCAAGCAAACGUGGCCCCUAACUGUGGGGUGAACGCCGUGGAGCUGGCUAAGACCCUGGCAGGGAUGGGUCUCCAACCCGGAAAUAUUUCCCCAACCGCGAAACUGGUUUCCAGAUCAACCCUAAGAAGACAGGGAAAGGACAGCAGCAAAGAAGGAAAUGGGAUUGGGGUCAGUUCUUCCAGCCGACUCGGUAUUGACAACUUCGAGUUCAUCCGAGUGCUGGGGAAGGGGAGUUUUGGGAAGGUGAUGCUUGCAAGAAUAAAAGAAACGGGAGACCUGUAUGCCGUGAAGAUUCUAAAGAAGGACGUGAUCCUGCAGGAUGACGACGUGGAGUGUACCAUGACCGAGAAAAGGAUCCUGUCUUUGGCCCGCAAUCACCCCUUCCUCACUCAGCUGUUCUGCUGCUUUCAGACCCCUGACCGCCUGUUCUUCGUGAUGGAGUUUGUGAAUGGGGGCGACCUGAUGUUCCACAUUCAGAAGUCCCGUCGCUUUGACGAAGCGAGAGCUCGUUUCUACGCUGCGGAGAUCAUUUCCGCGCUCAUGUUCCUCCACGAGAAAGGGAUCAUCUAUCGGUGAGUUUGGGUCGCUGGGGUCUCUUCUCCUCAUUGGUGCCCUGCCCCCUCUCCUGGCUUCAUCCAUCCUUCUACUGCCCUUGAUGAUCA